ACCCGGCCUCCGCCUCUCAGUCCGCUGAGCGCCGGCGGUCACCUGGGGCUCGCGGGGCAGCCGGAUCGCGGCCGGGCCGGCGCUCUCACCGCGGAGGUGGGAGACGGGGCCCUAACGCCAGGUGCCGGGAGCCGUCUGGGAGCGUGGCCGUCCCGCGCCUCUCCGCGCCGGAGGAUGCGGGAGCGCAUCUGGGCGCCGCUGCCGCUGCUGCCGCUGCUGCGCCCCCCGGCGCCGGCCCCGCGGCUGAGCUGCCCUUCUUCCGCGCACUGCUGGAACGGGCGCGCUGCUACCGGAGCUGCCAGAGCCAGCGCCUCGGGGGCCCCGCGUCCCGCCACCGCGUCAGCGAGGAUGUGCGCAGCGACUUCCAGCGCAGAGUGCCCUACAACUACCUGCAGCGGGCCUACAUCAAGCUUAACCAGCUGGAAAAGGCGGUGGAAGCAGCUCACACAUUUUUCAUGGCCAACCCUGAGCACAUGGAAAUGCAGCAGAACAUCGAGAAUUACAGAACGAUGGCGGGCGUCGAAGCACUCCAGUUGGUAGAUCUAGAAGCCAAACCACAUCUGGAAAGUUACAGUGCAGGAGUUAAACAUUAUGAGGCUGAUGACUUUGAGCUUGCUAUCAAGUACUUUGAGCAAGCUCUAAGGGAAUAUUUCAGUGAAGAUACGGAGUGCAGAGCCCUGUGCGAGGGGCCUCAGAGAUUUGAAGAGUAUGAAUACUUAGGGUACAAAGCUGGUCUCUAUGAAGCCAUUGCAGAUCACUACAUGCAGGUGCUGGUCUGUCAGCACGAAUGCGUGAGGGAACUUGCCACUCGCCCAGGCCGCCUCUCUCCGAUUGAGAACUUUCUUCCCCUGCAUUAUGACUACCUACAGUUUGCCUAUUAUCGAGUUGGUGAGUAUGUGAAAGCCUUGGAGUGCGCCAAGGCCUAUCUUCUCCUCCAUCCGGAUGAUGAGGAUGUCCUAGACAAUGUGGAUUACUAUGAGAGUCUCCUGGAUGACAGCAGUGACCCAGCAUCCAUUGAGGCUAGAGAGGAUUUGGCAAUGUUCGUGAAGCGUCAUAAAAUGGAAUCAGAACUAAUAAAAUCAGCCGCAGAGGGUCUGGGAUUUUCAUACACAGAACCGAAUUAUUGGAUCCGAUAUGGAGGACGACAAGAUGAGAAUCGGGUCCCUUCAGGAGUGAACGUGGAAGGGGCAGAAGUUCACGGAUUGUCAAUGGGGAAAAAGUCAUCACCCAAGAUAGAUGGAGACUUAAGAGAGGGUGGCCCUCUGCUCUAUGAGAACAUCACGUUUGUCUAUAACUCGGAGCAGCUGAACGGGACCCAGCGGGUUCUUCUGGAUAACGUCCUGUCAGAAGAACAGUGCCGGGAGCUCCACAGCGUGGCCAGUGGAAUCAUGCUCGUUGGUGAUGGAUACAGAGGAAAAACUUCACCCCAUACACCCAAUGAGAAGUUUGAAGGUGCAACCGUACUGAAAGCACUCAAAUUUGGUUAUGAAGGCCGAGUCCCACUGAAGAGUGCCCGUCUGUUUUAUGACAUCAGUGAGAAGGCUCGAAAGAUCGUAGAAUCCUAUUUCAUGCUGAACUCAACCCUGUAUUUUUCCUAUACACACAUGGUCUGCAGAACCGCCCUGUCUGGUCAGCAAGAUAGAAGAACUGACCUCAGUCAUCCCAUCCAUGCUGACAACUGCCUGUUGGAUCCUGAGGCCAACGAAUGCUGGAAGGAGCCUCCUGCUUACACCUUCCGGGACUACAGUGCUCUCCUGUAUAUGAACGAUGACUUUGAAGGAGGGGAAUUCAUUUUCACGGAGAUGGAUGCCAAGACUGUGACCGCUUCUAUCAAACCAAAGUGUGGGCGUAUGAUCAGCUUCUCGUCUGGAGGAGAGAACCCGCAUGGAGUGAAGGCGGUCACCAAGGGCCAGAGGUGUGCCGUGGCUCUGUGGUUUACCUUGGACCCACUCUAUAGAGAAUUGGAGCGAAUACAGGCUGAUGAAGUGAUCGCCAUCCUGGAUCGGGAACAACAAGGGAAGCAUGAACUGAAUAUCAACCCCAAAGAUGAGCUAUAAAAACGAGGGAAAGAAAAGAUCUAUCAGAUAUUUAUUUAAAUUGUUAAUCUUAUGAGAACCUUUUUAUUUUUGUACAGAGCCACGGUAUAAAUUAACAGGUUAAUUCGAGUCACCAGAUCCCCCUUCUGUUCCUGAGGAUGCUCGCUUUGCCUCAUUCAGCGUUUCUCAUCAGGUCCUCUCCUCCCUUCCCCUCCACACACACUCACACACGCACAUGUGCACGUUGUUUGUGCAGAUGCGAAAGCUCUAGCAGAAAGAAUAAGUUCAUUCUUGGCAAAACUACACCUCUCCUGUGCGCUCCAGUUCUAAAGUUAGCAUGCGAUUUGGACUCAGAAGCCUUUCUGGCCCUGUGCCCUUCACCAACACCCUCUCCCAGUGCGGGGGCGAUGAGCUGGAGUCCGGGGAGCCCCCCGUGGGGUCAGCACCGGCUUGCAUGUCCCUGAUCUGCGGGAAGAACACUGCAGGAGAUGGUGGGGCCCGGCCUUUCUAGGGCCUCGGUGGAGUUACUGGCCCUGGUAUUUUCACCUGAGCACAGACUUACACUGGAAGCUGCGAGUCCUCCUCCACAGUGUUCCAGAAAGGACUGCCCUAAGACUGGUGUCUUUAAAAACCGUUGUUGGGGGGGUUGAAGUAGAAAAACUCUUCACCCCGGUGCCUUUGGAAGAAAAUCUUCAGUCCCACCUGAAUCGGGGCACCACCGACACAUUGCCUGAGUGUGGGGUCCAAUGGUGAGAAAAAUGGAUUUCGGAGUAAUUCCCAUCUUCGGCCGCGUGUAUUUUGGUGUCCCCUCGUCUUUGCUGCUAUCCAGUUCACAGAUUUAUGCUUGUGUCUGAUUGUUGAAUACAGGGAGCCUGAUUCUAA